AUGCCGCGCUCCUUCCUGGUGAAAACGCACUCCAGCCACAGGGUCCCCAACUACGGGGAGCUGGAGACGCAGAGAGAAAUCAAUGGCUCCUGUUCUGCCUGUGGGGGGCUGGUGGUGCCCCUCCUCCUCCCGGACAGGGCGACCCCUCCCAUUCCUGGUGACCUUGCCCAACCCUGGGACCACACCUCUGUCAUCACCUGCAUCUCCCUGCCCCUCCCAGAAGCUCCGGGGGCCUCUGAGCCAGACCCCUUGGAAGUCAGCUUGCUGGACCCUCAUGCUGGCCGGGCUCCGAGCAUACCCCUCAAAGACAGCCUGAACCACUUCAGCCUGCCCCCAUUGCUGGUUCUGCCCACGCGGUGGCCCCCAAUUCUGGGCCCAGAUGGGGACCAGGCUCCAGACAGACUGCUGGGAGGUGAGCAGGCCCCCUGCACCCCAAGUGCCUUCCAGUGCAUCCACUGCCACAAGCCCUACCAUACACUGGCCGGGUUGGCCAGGCACCGUCAGUUGCACUGCCACCUGCAGUCUCAGCGCUGCUUCACCUGCAAGUAUUGUGACAAGGAGUACUCCAGCCUGGGUGCCCUCAAAAUGCACAUCCGUACGCACACGCUGCCCUGCAUUUGUGCCAUCUGUGGCAAGGCCUUCUCCAGGCCCUGGCUGCUCCAGGGCCACAUUCGGACCCACACAGGUGAGAAGCCUUAUGCCUGCUCUCACUGCAGCAGGGCCUUUGCCGACCGUUCAAAUCUCCGGGCCCACCUGCAGACACACUCCGACACCAAGAAAUACCAGUGCAAGAGCUGCGCCAAGACCUUCUCUCGCAUGUCGCUCUUGGCGCGGCAUGAGGAGUCUGGCUGCUGCCCUGGUCCCUGAGAGGCAUUGGUUUGGUGCAGGUAGGAGGGACAGGACCUCACCCUGAGAGACCAUCGUGGGUGCCCCUCUU